GAUUUUGAAAUUAUGGCUAUAAACUGAAGUAAACUUCUGAGGAAUUACAGUUUCCUACAAACCAACUUCUGCUUCUAUAUAAGGUUCAUGCUUCCCAUAUGUUGCUCACUGAUCAGACCACUGUAAAGUCGCUAAAUUGGGUAGAUUGCAGAACGGAGAGAACACCAUUCAACAGAAGUGCAGCAGCUGGUGUACCAAUAAUCUGAUGCCCUCAAUUCCAACUGAAUGCAGCCAACAGGAAGACAAAAACCCACAACACAAGGCAUUUCGGAAAACGGACAGAGAGAUAAACUUGCUUCUGAGAACUCACAAGCAUUCGUACUGCUUAAAUGUUUGGGAAACCAGAAGGUCUUUCAAUCAAUUUGUAAUGAAGCAAGUAUGAACAGCAGCCUUUGCAAUUCCUCUGAUGUUGACAUCAACCUCUCCAACACAUCAUCACAGGACAAGUGUCCACGAGAUUACCAGGUCACCAAGGUGGUGUUUCCUACACUUUACAGUCUCCUCUUCGUCAUUGGUAUCAGCCUCAAUAUCUUGGCAAUCAAAAUAUUUUCAAAAAUCCCCAGCAACUCUACCUUCAUUGUCCUCCUGAAAAACAUUGUCGUUGCUGACUUGUUCAUGACCUUGACGUUCCCUUUUAAAAUACUCCGUGACACACAACAGGCCCCCUGGCAGGUGAGGUGGUUUGUAUGCCGCUAUUCAGCAGUGCUUUUCUACUUCACCAUGUACGUCAGCAUUAUACUUCUAGGGCUGAUCAGCUUUGAUCGUUUCCUCAAAAUCACUCGACCCCACGCCAAGUCAUGCAUACGAAAGCCUAGAUUCAGCAAACUUCUGGCUGUAGCAGUUUGGGUCAUCAUGUUCCUUUUGUCUCUUCCCAAUGUCAUCCUGACAAACAAACCGGCCACACCAAAAUCGGUGACAAAAUGCAUGAAGCUGAAGGGACCAGCUGGAUUGAUGUGGCAUGCCACACUAAGCUAUAUCAGUCAGUUCAUCUUCUGGGCAGUGUGCAUACUGAUGGUCGUGCUUUACACUGUAAUAUUCAAGAAGGUCUACGAGUCCUACGUAAAGUCCAAAAGCAAAGGCAGUAAGGCUCAGAGAAAGACAAGAGUCAAAUUGUUUGUCAUUGUGUCAGUCUUCUUCGUCUGUUUUGCGCCGUAUCAUUUCAUGAGGGUGCCCUACACACUCAGCCAAGUGGGGAAAGUGAAAGAAUGCUGGAAGCAGCACAUGCUCUAUUAUAUAAAGGAGUCAACGCUCUGGCUGUGCGCUUCAAACACCUGCCUGGAUCCACUUAUUUACAUCUUUUUGUGCAAGGCAUUCAGACAGAGGUUAGGCAAACCGACCCGAGACACAUCAUACAGUAUAACAAGUUCAAGAAUCAUGCACAGUGGGACAAAUGACAAUGAAAUCACACAGAGUAGUUUAUAGAAUGGAUUUGUAGACUGACAAUACUUUAUAGAAUGGAUUCAUCAUCACCUUCUACAAAAUUAAGCAACUCCGUAUUCUUCCACUGUUCAAUGCUUUAGAUUCAAUGAAUCUUAACUGUUGCAUUUCUUCAUUUAACAAGAAGUCUCGCUUUUGUGCAC